AUGCGUCGCUUCGUAAUCUUCUGGAACGUGGCCACAAUCCUCUCCGUCAUCUUCAACGUCACCGUAAUGUAUUGGGCGAUUUGCGAUAACUCACAAACCUACGAUCACAUUCUCCAAAUCGACAUUCGUCUCAAAGAUCAUCUCACCAACUUCGCCACCUUUGUAAUCGAUAUGAAAAAUGCGAAAUUCGCCAUUAAUUUAUUGAUUGCCGAAGGAAUUUAUGCGAUAGUUCUUGCAAGUUGCGCACUUCUCUUCUCAUUUUUCAAACUUAUCAUAAGUUUCAAAAAUCAAGAGCUUCAAUUGCUCACAACAUCACUUUCCAAGCAGAAAAAACGAAUAGUUUUGGUUCUUUUGGUUUACGUCAUCACAUAUUUAUUGAUUUUGGCUAUUCCGUCAAUCGUCUUGGGUGGUUUAUAUUUCACCAAUGCAAAAAUCGAAUAUUAUCCAAUUCCCGCUUUGUUUUUUAUACUACAGUCUAGUCCAGCUAUUUUGUUUUGCUUGAUUAAUUUGCUCACAAUUACACCGUUUAGAGAGAAAUUGUUUUCGAGUUGUAUACCAAGGGCGAGACAUUUUGUUAAUAGUGUUGGAAGUUCAACUACCUAA